AUGGAUUCGCUCCGAUUUCUCCGAAUUCUUCUCUUGUCCGCUUCGAUCUUACUCGUCUCUCUCCUCUCUACUGUCACAGCCGGUGAUAUAGUUCAUCACGACGAUUUAGCUCCGAAGAAGCCUGGUUGCGAAAACGACUUCGUUUUGGUUAAAGUUCAAACUUGGAUUGAUGGUACUGAAGAUGCUGAGUUUGUGGGGGUUGGUGCUAGAUUUGGGAGGCGGAUUGUCUCCAAGGAGAAGAACGCUAACCAGACUCAUGUUGUCUUUGCUAAUCCUCGUGAUUGUUGUUCACCUCUCAAGACUAAGCUUAUUGGAGAUGUUGUUAUUGUGGACCGGGGCAACUGUCGGUUUACUGCUAAGGCUAAUAAUGCCGAAGCAGCUGGUGCCUCUGCUCUGCUUAUCAUUAAUAACCAGAAAGAACUUUAUAAAAUGGUUUGUGAACCGGAUGAAACGGAUCUAGACAUAAAGAUUCCUGCCGUCAUGCUCCCACAAGACGCUGGUGCAACCUUGGAAAAAAUGCUUAUCAACAGUUCUAAAGUGUCGGUGCAGCUUUACUCCCCAAGGCGACCAGCCGUUGAUGUAGCCGAAGUAUUUUUGUGGUUAAUGGCUAUCGGUACCAUUUUGUGUGCAUCUUAUUGGUCUGCAUGGAGUGCCCGAGAUGCAGCUAUUGAACAUGAUAAGCUACUCAAGGAUGCUGUAGACGAAAUCCCUAACACAAAUGAUGGGGGUAGUGGUGUCGUAGAGAUCAAUACUCUUUCAGCUAUUUGUUUCGUAUUUCUUGCUUCGGGCUUCCUGGUGGUUCUUUACAAGCUUAUGUCUUAUUGGUUUGUGGAGCUUCUUGUGGUUGUUUUCUGCAUUGGUGGUGUUGAGGGUUUGCAAACUUGCCUUGUCGCUUUGCUAUCAAGAUGGUUUCAGCGUGCAGGAGAUUCUUACAUAAAAGUCCCUUUCCUUGGACCUAUCUCUUAUCUGACAAUUGCAGUUUCUCCUUUCUGCAUUGUCUUUGCUGUUCUAUGGGCUGUUUACCGAGAGCGUUCCUUAGCUUGGAUUGGCCAGGAUGUUCUUGGGAUCGCAUUGAUCAUCACAGUGUUACAGAUUGUUCAUGUCCCAAAUCUUAAGGUUGGGACAGUUCUCCUCAGCUGUGCCUUCUUGUACGAUAUCUUCUGGGUGUUUGUCUCCAAGAAGUUGUUCCAUGAAAGCGUAAUGAUUGUCGUAGCACGUGGUGAUAAAAGCGGAGAAGAUGGCAUCCCUAUGCUACUGAAGAUUCCACGCAUGUUCGAUCCGUGGGGAGGCUACAGCAUUAUUGGAUUCGGUGAUAUUCUUUUGCCCGGUUUGCUAAUCGCAUUUGCUCUCAGAUAUGACUGGCUAGCUAACAAGACUCUUCGAACCGGCUAUUUUAUAUGGGCAAUGGUUGCCUACGGAUUAGGUCUUUUGAUUACUUACGUGGCACUAAACCUUAUGGAUGGACACGGCCAACCAGCAUUACUCUACAUUGUCCCUUUCACACUCGGAACGAUGUUAACACUAGCUCGAAAACGAGACGAUCUUUGGAUUUUAUGGACGAAAGGAGAGCCAGAAAGGGCGUGUCCUCACCAUGUCCGGCUUCAACAGUGCUCCGAUUAA